AUAUUUCUAUUAGAGAGCCACUUCUAGUUCUGAACUAAUUCCCUAUAUUUUCCAUAAUCGUAAUUGACGAAUGCUUUGGCAUGAUUUUGGACAGUUAGGUCUUGGAUGUUUGAGUAAUGACACCAAAGUCGGUGUCAUUUUCCCCCUUUCUCACUUUUUAUCUGAGGCCCUUUUUAUUACCUUUUAUUUAUUUAUAUAUAUCCAGACUAAUAACCUUAUGCUCCACUAAUACAAUGGUCUUUAUUUUUUUUAUCAUUAGGCACCUGUUUAUAUACCCAACAGCCUCAGCUCUCACUCAUACUUGUUCCUGCAUCACACCUCUGCACCCUCUGCUUGAAUCCAAGAUUUCGACUUUGUUAUAAAUCUGGUCCGUCAAAGAAUGGCAGCAAAUGAUGUGCCGUGUUGUGAGCCCAUGUUCUGGACAUAUCUAAUCAUAUGUGUGGCGCUAGUGUGUUUUGCUGGCCUCAUGUCUGGCCUUACCCUAGGACUCAUGUCUCUCAGCCUAGUUGAUCUUGAGGUCCUCAUCAAGGCUGGUCAGCCUCAGGACCGCAAGAACGCAGAGAAGAUUCUGCCAAUUGUGAAGAAUCAGCAUUUGCUCCUCUGUACGCUCCUCAUAGGCAAUGCUUUGGCGAUGGAGGCCCUGCCCAUCUUCCUUGACGCACUUCUUCCAGCAUGGGGAGCUAUACUAAUAUCAGUCACCCUCAUACUUGCCUUCGGCGAGAUUAUACCUCAAGCUGUUUGUUCUCGGUAUGGAUUGAGAGUUGGAGCAAAAAUGUCUGUCAUAGUUCGGUUGAUUGUUAUAGUGUUCUUCCCAUUAGCUUAUCCGAUCAGCAAGCUGUUGGAUUUGAUCCUUGGGAAAAAGCAUUCUGCACUUCUACGAAGGGCAGAGCUGAAGACCUUGGUUGACAUGCAUGGAAAAGAGGCAGGAAAGGGUGGAGAAUUGACACAGGACGAAACCACCAUCAUUACUGGAGCUUUGGAUAUGACUCAGAAGACAGCUAAAGAUGCCAUGACACCCUUACCUAAAAUAUUUUCACUUGAUAUAAAUUCUAAACUUGAUGAGAAAACAAUGGAGCAAAUAAUGAGCACAGGGCACAGUCGCAUUCCCAUUUAUUCGGGAAAACCAGCAAAUAUCAUUGGCCUGAUUUUGGUGAAGAAUUUAAUCAAGUUCCGCCCAGAAGAUGAAACCCCUAUAAGAGAUAUAACCAUCAGGAAAAUUCCAAGGGUACAUGAUCAUUUGCCUCUUUAUGAUAUCCUGAAUCAAUUUCAGAUUGGUCACAGCCACAUGGCUGUUGUUGUCAAGUGUAAGAAUGAUGUUGAAGAAAUUGCAGAAGAAAAAAAAUCCAAUGCUAGCAUCUUCAAGAAGAAUAAUAAUCCAAAUUCAAAACAAAGAAAAGCAGAUGUGAAAGGUAUAUGUCAUCGUCCUGGCCAGAAUGAACAAUUGAACAUCAGUAUACACUCACCAUCUCUGUACUCUAGCGACACUGAAAUCGAAAGUCCAGCGCCGGAUAAUGUGAGAGAUCUAAGAGAUCUUUUGCGCCCACAAUUAAAGAAAAGUGAAUACCAGAAUCAAAAUCUUUCAAGCGAGGAUUUGGAAUCCCUUUCAGCUUUGGAUGAAGCGGUCAUUGGCAUCAUAACACUAGAAGAUGUUAUGGAGGAACUGCUGCAGGAAGAAAUCCUGGACGAGACUGAUGAGUAUGUUGAUGUUCACAACAAGAUUAAAAUUAACAUGCUAGAUUGGCGAAGAUCUCCAGUAAUGAGGUCUCCUGUGGCAGCAUCAGCUUCCAAUUUCCAGUGGCGAACUCAUGUGGCUUCCCCUGUUUCUUCCUAUCAUCAGAGUCCAUUAUCAUCCUGCAAUCAUACUCCCAUACUGCAAUCUCCAAUUCCACCAUACGUUCGUUCGCCAUUGGCUAGACCAACUCUAUCAGCUUCCCCUGGAAAAUCUGUUCCCAAUUCUCCAGUUGCUAAUUACUCGCCGUCCUCACACCGGGUUUCAAGAAAAUCAUAUGAGAAGCUGAGAAGACCAGAGCAUGUAUAGUGAUUGUAACGUGAAAGGCUUCUUGGUUUUAGUCCCUGACAAUAAAAUAUGCAGUCUCGCUGGAUAAA